AUGGAAUUGCCCCAAACUACAGAAGGCUCGAUGUUGGUCGGUGCCGCCCGACGAACCUUGGGCAUUUGUCUGCUUCUGGUCGUGGUAUUCCUCUGGACGGCCUCCAAUUUUCUUGCCAGUACUAUAUUCGCGGAUGAUACAUACUCGAAGCCGUUCUUUGUGACAUACGUCAAUACUUCGUUAUUUAUCCUCCCGCUCUUCACGAUCCUCCUCGGUCGGCUCUUGAAAUUAUGGCGCGCAGGGAAGCUCUACCGGAUUCGCUCAUUCCAGAGCUUAUUGGAGCACCUUGAUUCUCAUGAUACGAACGGAGAGGCCCAGAGGAUACUCAGCCAUGAUGCAGUCGCAGAACGGUGGCGUAGUGAUGAAGACCCUGAAACAUGGGCUGCUGUGAGGUUCGACUCUACGUCCAGAGAUCAGCCGUCGAAACUAGGCUUGAAGGCGACUGCUAAAUUGAGCCUCGAGUUCUGUCUAUUAUGGCUAAGAAUAAACCAGGCGAACUACUUCGCAAUGGCCUGUCUCCAAUACACAACCGUAGGAAGCACCACCAUCCUCACCUCAACAAGCGGCGUCUGGACCCUCGUCUUCGGCGCCCUAAUCGGGGUCGAGAAAUUCACCAUCCGCAAGCUCAUCGGCGUAGUUGCCUCCCUGAUCGGGAUAAUCCUCAUAUCCCGCGUCGACAUGUCCAACCCCGACACCCCACCCAUCGACAGCAGCACCAUCAUCACCACCAGAGAAAGCACCUUCCCGACCAAAACGCCCGGCGAAAUCGCCCUCGGCGACGCCAUGGCCGGCUUCAGCGCCGUCCUCUAUGGCGUAUACACCAUCGUGCUGAAGAAGCAAGUAGGCGACGAAUCCCGCGUCAACAUGCAGCUCUUCUUCGGUCUGGUCGGACUAUUCAACACAGUUCUUCUCUGGCCUGGUUUCAUCAUACUCCAUGUCUUGGGUAUCGAGACUGUAGGAAUGCCUGAUACUGGGAGAGUGUGGACGAUUAUUCUGGUUAACGCCCUCGCCUCCCUCGCCUCCGACAUCGCCUGGGCCUACGCAAUGCUCCUAACCACUCCUCUCGUGGUAACAGUAGGAUUGAGUCUCACGAUCCCGCUAUCACUAGUGGGCCAGAUAGUCCUGCAGGGACAAUAUGCGAGCGCGUUGUAUUGGGUUGGGGCGACGGUGGUGUUUUUGUCGUUUUUGGUGGUUAAUCAGGAGAGUCGGGAGGUGGAUGAGGAGGUUGUUAGUAGGAGUGUUGGUGGUGGGGGAGGGGUUUAUGAUGCUAUUCCUGAGGAUGAUAGAGAUAGGUGAUUUGUCUUUAUCAUUCAUAGGGAGGGGGGGGAAGAGAAGGGAGAAUCGCGGAUGGAAUUUGGGUGGGUAUAUUUGAUUGGUUCUGAUGGAGUAUAGUCAAGUGAAGCAUAUAGAAUGAUGUUAUGAGUGACUUUUUUAGAUUGGAUGAAUUUAAGUACUUCAUGCACAGUGAAAUAUGAAAUCAGAGUAUUUGUAGCAUGGAGUAUUCUCCGUAUAGGUAAUAAAUUACAUGAUACCAAAGGCCAUGGGUGAAGAAGAGAAGCAAGAAUACAGAUAAGCGGGUCUGGAACCUCUGCACCAGGGCCUUUAAGCAAUACGCGAGACUAGCCCAACUCGUCAACGUCACCCAGUUCCGGGUCUCAAGGUCUCGUACAGCCAGGUAAACAACACAGACAUUAAGAAGACAAUAUCAUGAAGAACAUUGGGUAUGUAUAUC